AUGUUAAGUAAUAUUUUCAAGCCGGAUUAUAAUGAAUCAUCCGAGUUAUGUCGCCCACCAAGUGCAACUGGCACUUCUAAGGAAACGUCUAAACUCAUCACUUCUCAGAAACAGAUCAGUCAUCAAGUGGAAAUUCCAAGUGACCAAGAAAUGAGUGGUACUGCUUCCAGUUCGGGUAUUUUAGACGCGUUUUGGAGACACGCUCACAAACUGAUGCCUGCCAUUAAAUUUGAUUUUGAGUUAACUAAAAUAUGUGCUGGCAAUCAUCUACUACCCAGAGCUUGCCUUCUCACUUGCAGCCGAAUUUAUGGCUCUUACAGUACUGGUGAUGCUUCCUCUCAAUGGGAUAAGUAUCAACACCAAGUCAAAUCACGCUUUGUCAAUAUGAUGGGCUCGCUUGUCGUAGUAUCUAAAUACUCAGGUCAGCAUGCAGUCGAAGAGCCACCAAAAAGCUGGGACAAAGCAUUUCAUGUAUUUCAUUUUGGAGAAGGCAUGAUUAACUACAUACUAGACGAACCAGGUAUUGCAACUUCAGAGUGUGAGAAAUUAGAAUUGCCUACAAAUGAUACGACUGUUCUGCGAACAUGGCCUAAAUGGGAAUUACGUGUUGAUGUAAAUAAAGUGUGUCAACUUAACUAUGGGCCAUGGGCUGAUCGCCAACGGGAUAUUAUCUGGCGAUUUUUCUUUCCACCAUCAUAUCAAAUAGCCAAACCCAGUGAACCUAUUUCUGUAGGUCAGCCUAGGGUUGCUAAGAAAUUCGUUUUUGAGUUAAAAACUUCAACAAAUAUCGACUUAAAUAUUUACUUUACACGAAAUAAUAUCGUUGAAUCUCUGAAGCUGUCAGGAUUUCCAAAUUCAAUUAUUAAACUGAAUAUACCCUGGUUAAUCGGUCGUAAUGGCUUUAUGACAACUCUACACGUGAAUCUAGUUAAAGGCAGUUUAAUCACUGAACAUUUAUGGCGUAAUCUAUUGACUAGUGAUCAGUAUGUAAAUUUAGAUGUAAAAAUGCACUAUCCGAGGGAAUGGAAUAUGCGACACCUAUGGGAUAUUGCUAUAGAUACUCGUGAUGCACAAUUAACCAUAUUAUUUGAUUAUAAACAUUAUUUUAAAGGUCUCAUAGAUGAUUGGUCCCGUGGUUCGCAUCCAGAUCUUCUCAGUUUUGUUCCUUGUACUUAUAAAUUUCAUAUUAAAUCGAACAAUUUGGAUUUUAUUCUACUGGCCAACGAUUACAACUGGAUAUCGAAAAAGGGAGAAAAUGCUCAUUUAGGAUUUCGUGCAAAGAAAUUAAUGCUUACAUUCGAUUUACCAUUUGUGGAUUUCCUACCGACUACAGUGCCAGUUAUUUACACUGUUGAAGGUUCAUCCGUCUCACUUCGGUUUUCUAUACCUGAAACUAGCACAUUACAUUAUUUGAUACAAGAGCUUCACAAUCGUUUGAAAUUUGUAAAUGGUCGUGGUCAACUCCAAAAGUCAUCACCAUUUCAUUCUAGUAUUCAAGAGAUGAAAUUGUAUAACUCAGAAUCUAAAACAAUUAAUCUUCAAUGGUUUGAUUGUGGUUGGGCACCUCGUAUCAGUCUUCGAAUUGCCUAUGUCUAUCAUCCAUCACCAUGGGUAUCUGAGUAUUGGCGUUUUCUUCCACCUGACUUCAAGAUGACUGUACCCUCUUCUAAAGGUUCAUGUUCAACUAGUCCAUCUUAUCAAAGCAGCAGUCGUAAACUAUGCGGAUCAAAACACACAAAUGUUUUAAACCAACGAAGCACGGAACUAUCUAGUCAAACAGACUUAGAGGAGUCAGCACUUCAAAAACUUCGACCAGAAGGUAGUCAUACACAAGGUCCUACAGAAAAUGAUAUACUACAGAGUAAAUGUGAUGUUUUCUCUUCUCUAGAACCAGAUACAGUCGAUUUACACUUGCAUAUUCCAUCUGCACAAUUACUCUUCUAUGGAACAUUACUUCGACAUUUCAUUCAUGUGAAAGAAAACUAUUUUGGAUGUCAUCAGAUACCUGUUAGUUUUGAUCGAGAACCUCUCCAACCAGAAGAAAGCACAUCGCUUACUGAUGAUGAUUUGAUUCGAUUGAAAUCUCAAGCAAAGCCUCCUGAUAAAGAUGAAGAUUUAAGUAAAGUUAAUAAACUUCCUGAGAAGCGUAUCAUAGAUCCAAGAGAUUGUCGUCCUUUAUCUGUGCGCGUUUCACUUGAAUUUCAUAACGUUCAGGCACAUCUGCCUAUGCAUGGUUCAUCUAAUGAGUCGCCCUGUCCAACAGCUUUUCUAGAUUGUGUUGGCUUUGAAAUGGAUAAACGCUGGCAUGAGACAAAGCUCCAGUUACUCUUCUCACCAAUUUUAAUAUGUUUUUAUGAUCAAAAUAAGGAUUUUCGUUCAAAGUCAACCUCAAACAUUUCUUCCAGUCGUAUUCAGCUUGUUGGUUUGCAACUGCGUGGUCAAGGGAUGUUUAGUCAUGUUGACUUACCUAUCCGAGCAGAGUCUUUGGAGUAUGCGUGGUUAUUAGAACUAACUGUUGGCCAGCUUACUGGACAGUUGUCUGCUCCAAAAAUGGCAUGUCUAGUUCAAUGUGUAAAAGAAUUUUUAUUCUCUGCAGUAGAUUCUGAAAAUCAGCUCACAUCUUCAAGGGCAUUCGAACUUUGUCAGCAUGGUCGUCCACAGCAACUUUGUCCAUUUUGGUCUAAAAUCUGUCCUAUCACUUUAUGUCCAAGUGAUAUGCAACUGAAAUAUCGAAUGUUUCGUCUAACUGUUGAUGCUAUUGAUUUGAGUAUUGUGGAGAAUCGAAACUGCUUAUGCAUUCAAUGCGAUCCAAUUCGUUUAGCUCAUUGUAACAGACAUGGAGCUACUCAUUGUGAUGGAAUGUUUGUGUUAGUUCCUGAUGUAAGAUUAAUACAGUUCGUCGCACCAUUAGCUUCUGAAGUUAAAGAUCAAUCUAAUUCCAACAAUCAUUGUGUAAAUACUAAACAAAUCGGAGAUUCAGUACUAUGGUUUGAAGCUGGUUCAUUCUCUCUUGGUCCAGUUCAUGUUAAUCUUUCUAGAUCACCAGAAAAACGUGAUCAUCUUAACUGGCAAUCAGAAUUUCUUAAACUUCAUGAUUUAACAACAAAACGUUUAUCAUUUCUUUGGUCUGAUAAUAAUAAUAAUGAUGUAAUCAGUGGUACAAUUCGUAAUGCUAGUUUAAAUUCACGUCAUACUACAAAAUCAUUUGAUUUAUUCUCUACUGGUGAUAGUAAACUGAUUAUGAAAAGGCCUUUACCAGGUUAUGUAGCUCCUGAUAUAAUGCCAAAUUGUGGAUGUUAUGGUCAGUGUUCAUUUUUUGGACAAAAUGAAAGUGGUCGAAGUUUAUUUAAUGAAUUAUUAACUGGAGAUUUUCAACAGCGUACUGUAUUCCCAUCCAGGACAGACUAUAAGCCUGAUUUAUUUAUACCAAUCAUUAAUAAUAACAAUAACAAUUAUAAUAAGAAUGAAAAUCAUUCAGCUUCUGUACUCAAUCCACUUACUACUAAUCCGCAAAUAUCCACGUCAAAAGAUAACGAAUGCAGUCCUAAAAGUUUGGGAUUUGGAGAAAGUCUUUUAUUGCCUAAUUGUUUACUCCAUGAGCUUCAUUCACCUCAUGAAUGUCGAGAGAGGUAUAAUGGUUUAUUGCUUAUGAGGGAAGAGAUUAUUUUGGCAUAUCUUGAGGCUAGUAAUCAAAAAGGUAUGGACUGGAGCUUAUUGCAUUUUUGUGAAGAUGAAGACCAAUCUGAUACAGAUUCAACUAAAAGCUCAGAUAGUCUGGGAACAUAUGCAUCUUUUGAUAGUUGCAGUAAGCUGGAACACCUUAUUGAACAUGAUUCUGAUGCGUCUGAUAUGGAUUUAUCUUUAAAAGAUUUGAAAAAUCCUUUCAAAGAUACAUUGAUACUUUCUGAUCCUACGGAGAAGAAAAAGACUAAAGGUUCUUGGCCAGAACUCAAUGUCUCUCAACACACAAAGCCUUCAUCUCUAUCUGAUCUUUUGGUGCCUGUAGCUACUGAUGAUUCAAAAGAAACUACUAAUGUGGAUAAAAACAAUGAUUUACCAGAAGUUACUUCACUUCAUUCACCUACAAAUGUUAAAAGUGUAACAAAGAAACUAAGUUAUCUUCCGUCUAAUUUGUCAUUGAAUAGUCUCAUUGAAUUGCCUGCCCAUUCAGACACAUCAUCUAGUUCAUCAGGUAGUAUAUUAGUUCCAUCUAAUGUUGUUGGUCAACCAAACAUAGAAAAUAUUCCCCCUGUUCUAUCCAAUGUUAAAACAUCACCUAGUGUGAAAUCACCGCCUACUCCACCACCAAGAAAAUUUGUCAAAGAACACUAUGCUGGUGAUGCAAGACAAAAUGAACUACACGACUCUGAGAAGUUAGUUCAAGAUAAAGAAUUGAAUAUUGGUCCUAGAAGUUUAGAUGGUGAUAAAAAGGAAUAUAAUGAUGUCUUUGAAAAUUUCGUCGAUCUUAGAACUCAACUAAAUCGACCAAUAAGUGAAAGUGGUCUUUUACGUCCAGCCUAUGGUCGACAUUUAAACGCCUACAAGUGUGUUGCAGGUUUAACUUGCCCAUCGAAUCUUCGAAAUCGUUGGCGUGUUUGUAAACAUAUACAUCCUGGCAACACUUGCCAGCGCUCACUAGACAAUCUUUUAAAUGCUGAUAAAAAUACAUAUUGUAGUCAGUUAAAGUCUCCACGUCAUCAAAAUAUGACUGCUUUUAAUCUACUUCGUCAAUGCCAACCUAAGGUUGCUAUAGCUCCACGCUUUCAAAUUCGACAUACCGGUUUCUCACCUCAAUCGAUUACAGUUCGUUCAAAUUCAAUACCAUCGCGUACUGAUGUUCCUUCACCGAAUCCUGCAGCUGUCGUUAACGAUGAAUCCAAUUAUGAUGUCGACUCUGUUACUACUACUAUAAAAUCUAAAGCUAUUGUGUGGCUUCAAGGCCCUGUAAACUUGUUACUUACUCCACUUUUAACAGAAUCUCUGGAAAGAUAUAUAAAAAUACUUAUGCCUAUUGUUAAAACUACAUCACCCUCUUCAAUUGUGGAUUCAAUGCACUACAAAUGUGUAAAGUCAAUGGAGCAGCAAAUAAAGCCUCUGUUAAGUUCUACAAAUAGUUUAACACCUAAAAUUCAAGAUAUAUCUUUACCAAAACGCAAGUCAACUCAAUCACCUCGUCCUAUAAUCACUGAUAAAUCUUCUGCCAAUGUUGUUGCUCAUACUGAAGAACGUCAGUCAAUAUUAUAUAAUCUACUUGGUUCUCGUUUCACUCAGGAGGCAACAUCUGCAAAUAUAUCUCACCAAAAUGUUACAUCGAAACCCUUUCGAAUUCGUAAGACAUCAGCAGAUUAUGAAUUAAUGUCCAAUAGCCAAGAUACUGUCAAAUUUACAAAAAAUACUUCAGAUGUAACUAAGCCAUUACAUUUAGUGGCUGAAAUUUCCGGAGAUCAUUCAGAAGUAAAUUUUGCCGGUUCACCCUCCAGUGCACCUGUUACUUCGAAGAAUGUAGGCAUGAUGCACAACUGUAAAUCAGCAUUGUCAAGCAAAGUCGCUGCGUUAUCAGUCGAAAGAAUUAAUAUUUCAUUCUUACAACUUUAUGCUGUUGAAGAUUUGGUUCAUUUAGACAGUCUUAAAUCUGGUCUACACGAUUUAACUUGUGUAUCGCUAAUGACAUUUUGUCUGGACUCAUUUUCUUUUGAGUUAAUGGCAUCAUAUAAACGUGAAAUGUUGAAUGAUAAAUUUAAUGAUGGAUCUAUUCAUGAUCGACAUAAUAGUAUGUCUACGCCAGGAUCAAAUAUUAGUAAUCGACCUUUUGUGGCAUCAUCAACAGUUGAAUCAGGUCACCAGACAAUUCGACCAGCAAGUAUGCUAAAUACACAGAAAAGCACAAAACUACGAGAUGAUGGCGUUUCAGCAAAAAUUAUCUCCUCUAAUAUAAGUGAUCUGUUAAAUGCUUAUCCUUCUUUUCGGGAACAAUGCAAUACUACGUCAAUAAACCGUAACGAUAGAAUGAGUAAUUCUUUUCCUGGCAGAUUACAACACAAACGACAACCAUCUGCCCCUACAGUUUUAUACAAUUUACCUGAUUUAACUCAAAGUUGUGAAGCAUUUACCCGAUCAUCUGAGCCAAUCAUUCGAAAAUCGAACAAAUGGUAUGAUUGUUCACUUACUGAUUCAAAACCCAAUCCAUACACAUUCACGAAUAAGACAGCAGAAGACAUGAAGGUGACUGAUGGUCAUAAUUUUGAGGUUGAUGAUAAAUUACCCAAUGUUGAGUUCACUUCAUCGAAGCCUGUAAAAAAGACUGUCGAUAAAAUUGAUGAUAUCAUUGAUUCAAUCAAUGUAAGACCAACUACAACUGAACCAAAUGGCAAUUUAUGGAAUUCACGUGAUUGUGAACAUCUAGGCAGUGAAUUAGUCUGUCAAGUAACAGUUCAUAGACUACAUGGACAAUUACGACGUCUUACUCGUCAUAGUCAAUUUAAUGCAGAUGUUUUGCUAACAGCAAUACCUUUUGAAUCGUCUAGAGCAUUUUUCCGUUUCACAUCCGAUCCGCUUAAUUCUAAUACUAACACUGUAACUGAAUCUUCGUGUACAACUAAAUAUCUUGAAGAGCAGAGUUUUGGAUGGAUUAUGUUUGAGUGUGGUUUAGAAGAUUUAUCAAUUUCUUGGGUUCAGCGUCGUGGAUUUCCUGAUUCAGUGUCUGCAGUACAAAAUACAAAGGUUACUACUUCUACCGAGGAACACCGUAAGGAUACUUAUAAUGAGAGCACUACUUCUAUGCCAAAUGCCUCUCCUCAACCUUUACCCAAUAAUACGUCAACCAAUAAAGAAUCUAGUCGUGUCAACGGUUUGUCAUCGAAAUUACGCGUUAAUACUGUCUGGUUGAACUUUGCUACUCCAAAACGUUUACCAAAUAAAAGAAGAAUAGAACUUAUCAGGUCUGAUUGGAACUUAUUAAGCACUGCAGCUCCGACAAUCAGAGCUUGGAUUGAUCCAUGCAAUCGUUUGGUUGGUGUUUGUAAACAAUUUCACAUGAAUUCAGAACGUCGAUUUUUGGCUGUAAUUUCAUGUCUUAUGACUGAAGUGGUGAAUCCUAGGUCAGAUGUGUUGAAUGUUAAAAACAAACGAUGUCCUCGUCCAAUUGGUACUAAAGUUCAAUUGGUUAUGAAUAAUAAUGAUUUAGACGGAUAUGCUCGUCAUAGAACUCAAACUGCUCACAUAUUGCGCUUCGAUCCUAGUUGUCAGUUGCUCGUUGUCUUAAGGCGAUAUCUAUUGGCAAUGAAUGAUUAUUAUGGUGUAAUAAAGGCUGAUGAACUCUUAGGUGAAAUGCUGAAAGAUCCUGUUGUACCUCAAAAUGAGUUUCUUCAGAGAGGAAUUCUUUCGUUAACACGAGAGUGGCGCUUUUUAGUUGAUUCACUUGCUCUUAGUAUAUCAGAUUUGAGAGCUUCAAGAGAGUGUACAACAUCAUCGAUUCCCGUAUACACAAAUUAUAUGGUUGACUUUCGUCAAAAUGAUUUAGAAGAACCUGCCUUUCUAGGUGUCAAUAUUCCUAGAACUAAUUCAUUGUUUGCUGCUUCUAAUGACUGUCAAGCUGAAGAUACUGAUGCAGUCCAACCAGCGACAAACGUAAAACCACUUACAACAAAUCAUCCUAAAACUGGGAGCUACUUCCCAAUUGCUAGUCCUGCAGUAACAUCUCGCUUGUUAAAAAUGGUAGUUGGUUCGUUAUCUCCAGCAUCGCCUCAACUUAUGAGGUCAGGACUUGUGAAUGUUGAAGAUGGACUGAAAUCUAGUACAAACGUCAACACAAAUUCAGGUGUUUGUGGAAGGCAGUCAGAUGAUAUGAAUACCUCUGUUGAUAAGACUGUUGGUCAUACACAAGGACAAAAUAUGUUGAAUGAUGAUUUAUAUGACCAAUUAGAUGAUAUUUAUUGGGAUACAAGUGAUCAACUAAGUGAUUGUGUUAUAGAUACUAGUGAACCUCUAGUUCGUAAUCCAAUUAUGAAACGAUUUCUUCAAGAUGCCAGAGCAAAUAUUAUGGAGCAUCCACAAACAUGUGAAGUGGCUUCACGACCUACAAUAAACAUCACUGAUCAUAAUGUACACCAGAAUACUGAAAAUUCUUUUGCAAACAGGUUAUCCUCUUCAAGUACUGUAGAUCCUCAUUUCGGUGAAAGUGAUACGUGUGAAAAAACGAUAUCAGAAGAUAGUAAUGCUAAAGCUUCCGUGAAAAAGUCUACAAAAUCUACAAAAGAAAAACAAAUUCCUAUCAAUACAAAUUUCGACAAUUCACUUAACACAGACUGUAAACUAACAGCAGCUGAUUUUGAACAGGCUGCACAUUUAAGCGCUCAAUAUCGUUAUGUUGCCUAUAUACAAAACCUGUUUUCACCAUUGUUAGAAUCAGUUGGAUUAAGUGUAAAGGGGAUUCGUCGGACAACACUAAUGAAAAAAUUUGAUGGAUUUCUGUCAGUUGAUGGUCUUUUACAAACUUUUCAGAUUGAAAUAGUCUCCUCUGCACGUAAUCCCAUGGUACAUUCAUUUUCAAAACAUCCAGCACCGGAACAAACGACGACGACGACGACUGAUUCGUCGUCUAACUUGAAAUCAAAUAACCGAUUAGGUAGUCAACAAGCAACCUCACAAAGACAAUUAGCCUUUUUAUGCUGUAAUUUUGCAUCGAGUUUGAUAUUACGUGAUAUUGUAGACUACAAAACUGGUAAUUCAACAAGAUUUCAGAAACAAAAAACUAAUCAGUUAAGUCAAAUGCAGACUACAACUAAAAUGGAUAUUAUUCUACACAUCGAUUUUAUUCGACAACAUGUUAACUUAUCCUUGUUACGUUUAGUUCAUCAAUUUGUUACUAUGAUCUACUGUGCUAGAGAUACAUGUAAAUCAAUUUCUAAUGAUCAUUCAAUUGAUCCAAUUGUUUCAACGCCUUCAGCAGCAUGGCCACAAAAAUAUGAUUCUAAAGGUUCUUCAGACGAUACCGAUGGAACUUUUCGAUCACGUUCAUCUGCUUAUGUUCGUUUCGGUGAAGAAUCUAUUGACAGUGGACGACUUAUUCAAGGUGAACAUCUAAAAACUAAACAUAAAUAUGAAAGUUUCACCAACAAUGAAGAUCGGUAUUCUUCGUUUGCUAUUGAACCUGAUCGUUCUUCUGCUGAGAAUACAUCAAACUCUAGUGCAGAUAAAGAUUUAUUAAUUAUAACUAAUCCAGCUAAUUCACAUGACGUCAUACCUUCAUUGCCUUCAUUUUCUCCUGUUCCUACCAGUAGAAUUUCAGAUUAUGAUGAUACUUCGUUAAAUGCUUCAAGAUUACCCGGGAAUCCUUUUUGUUCUCCACCUUCAUGUUGGAAACGUUUAGCUAAUUAUGUUGAAUUGUAUUCUACGGUACCUAAGACAAAAACAGUUAUACGCAAGCCUAUGUCUACAUCAAUUCCGACUAUGGCAAUGCCAACAAUUACAGAAGAGGAUCGUGAUCAUAAUACUAUGUGUGUUUCACAGGCUUCUAAGGUUAAAACCAGCGUUUCUACAAUCAAUCCUCCUCCAAGCAAUUCUGGUUUAAGUUCGCCUACAGGAAAUAAGGCUAUCAUUUUCAGUAAGAAAACAUUUCCUACUGUUACCUAUCGUGUUCUUAAUGAAGAAGCAGACAAUGAUCACACCGGUAUGCAAUCUAAAGAUGCCAAUUACUACACUACCAAGUCAUCUGUAAUAAAUCAAUGGACUUCUGGCAUACAAGCAUUUCCUUCACGUCCUUCCUCUACUGCUGCUGCUGCUGGCGGCGGUGGUGGCGGUGAUAAAAUUCAAAAUAUCCUCAAUGCUUUAACAACUAAUGAACAACAGUAUAAAUAUCCUUUCAUUGGUUUAACGGAUAAAUCAUCAAAAAAAGAUGGAUUGUCCAGUUGUGGAGGCUUAGAACAUUUCACCUAUCCAUGGGUUUUAGGUGAACGUGUACCGCUUGUUGUUUUUGUCACAGCUAAAAUACGUCAAAUGGCUGUUAGUGCUGUACUCAGUGAGCUUAAUUUGAAUGCAAGUAUACGAAAUGUUCACGGUUCAUUUACACUGACAAAUCAAAUACGUGGUCGAGGUAGUUUCACUGAAAAAUUCUCUGCGCAUAGUUCAACUUUACAUUGUGGUGAUUGUAAUAUUCAAUUAACCGAAAAGUUACCACUUAGUAUUCAAGAAGUGGUAUGUGUAAAAGCUGGACGUUCUCAUGCUAUGCUAUCGUGUAGCAGAAGUUUACAUUCUGAAAGAAAUGCAUGCGUUUUUAGUCUUGGAAGAAUUAUGGUUACUCUACCGCAUCAUCCUGUUCGACUGCAUAGUGUAAUGCAACGUCAGGCUAAACGUAUCUCCUCUACUGUAUAUGAACUUCUGCGAAAUCCAAACACCGGUUAUACACACAUACAUUCAUGGCGUUCCUCAGGAUCUCGUAUGGCGACAACCCCAACAACAUGUAGUACAGCAACUACAGCAAGUGACCCUUCAAAUAAUCUGAAAUCACAUCAGUCAGCAGCAGAACCUGUACAAAUUUCAGUCACGAAUGCUAAGAAGGUGAACCAGUCACCUCCACUUGUGUUCAGUCUUCUAGCUGUUUCUCAGGGUUUAACUGUCAAUGUGGCUUUGCAUUCUACACUGAAAGCUGUUUACCAUAUUGAUCCUGUUUACGUUUCUGGUCAGCUUGGCUCACGCAGUUAUGUGGACAUUAGUAUCACCGAUCAUUCUCUCAGCCUUAAAUCUUUGCGUCCUCCUGCUAACUUCCCAACAUCAAUCUCAUUGCCUUUACCGCGUAUAUUAGCUUCAAUAGUUCAACGUGUCUCUUCAGGUGGCCGUUAUGCUCGUGGUCAGCGUAAAGAGGCUAUACUCACCUACGGUUUAGAAGCUGAACAAGGACUUUAUUUAGAUAUUCAAAUACAAAUUGAUACUCUUGAACAAAAUUUAAGUACUGAUAUGCUUAACUAUAUCAUGGUAGUUGUGAAAUUAUUUAUGAAGGAAAUAAAUGAAGUUAUACAAAAAAUGGCUGGUGAUGAACGACCUCGUCUACGCAAACCUCUUUUAAGAUUCACACAAAAUCCAACUAAUCAAUCCGAUGAUUUAACACGUUUAAAUAUUUCCGGUAUCCAAAGUGGUCCGAAUGGUGACUGGAUUCUGUCACGUGCUGCACGUGGCAGAACUAAAUUCACAAUCAAAAUACGAAUGAAGGAAAUUCAGUUGUUAGCAUCAACAAAAAAUGGUGCAAUCAAAUUAGAAGCUAGAAAAAUUGAAGUUGAAUUGACUAAUCGUGUUUCACAAACUCAUUCAAUGAAUAAUCGUAAUAGAUCAUUUUAUCCAUCGAAUGAUUCAAAUAUUUUAUCAACACUUGGUGUGUCUCAGAAAAGACCUUCGAAUUUAAAUAUUCGUUCAAACAAUCCUAGUGGUUACCACUUUGAUUUUAGUCCUACAUCCCUUGGAGAAUCAAGUGGUCAUGAUUCACUUUUCAUAUACGCUACCAUUGCCAAUAUUGGUCUAGAUUUGGGUUAUUUCGAUCAGGAUACCUUUCAUGCACUUAGUCCUGAUUUUCAAAAUGUUGCAUUUUUCCGUACAUCUGUUGCUUUACGUUCACUGUUGGCCGAUGAAAAAUUUGCACCAAAUCAAAAUGGUGAAUAUUGUAAUGCAAAUAAUAGUAAUCGUGGUGAACAGGAUGCAUUUCUUAUUUCAUUGAAUCGUCCAAUUGUCUGGCUUAAGCCUUUUACACUUGAUCGAGGUAUAAUGAUGUGGAUGGUGUACAGAGAUGAAUUUGCCAAGUGGAAUGAACAUAUAGAACAUUUGGCAUCCAUGGCUCCUCCAGAGGAAAACUUUGAACAACCACAAAUUCGUCCAGGUUCUACUCAUGGUGCCUACCAUACCAGUGGCCAUCCAAUUAAAGACCGUUCUCAGCAUACAUUUGUUCCUUCUCCUCCUCCUCCUCCUCCUCCUCCUUAUUCCACUGUACAUCCACCGGCUGCAACACAAAUGAAUGAAAUACCCGAUGUCACUAUCGCGUCUAAUCCAUCCGUCAACAGCAAUAAUAAGACAUCAUCAACUUUAUUUCUACAACUAAGUAUAGAAGAUCUUGGCGUUUGUCUGCCUAUUCACAUGAUUAAGUUACCGUCUCAAAGUUUAAAAUCGGAUUCACGAACAGCUUUAGUGUUAACAUUGGAUAAAAGUCGUAUAUCUGCAUGUUAUCAAGAUUCCCUUGUUAGUCAAGGAGAAUUCACUGACUUUUGUUUACGUUUUGAUGAUGAAUUCAAUGUUGGUUCUGAUGACUGGAAGCCAGAUAAAAAACGUUCAACAAUAGAAGUUAAAGGGAAGCGUCAUGUUGUCAUACUGAAUGCAUGUGUUGUUCCAAGUGGAACAUUUAGUGUAUACUGGAGAGAUCCAGAAAAACGUGGGCAAUGGCACCUGACAAUUCAUUGGCAAAUGCGUGGCUUAGAUUUUCAUCUAGACGAUAGUAUUGGUCGUCGUUUAAAGGCACUGUUUACAAUUCUAACAAGAAUGACAGGGUAUAACGGUGCAGCACCUCUAUUACCGACAUCUGGUGAGGAAGAAGAUGAAGAAGAAGAAGGGGAUGGAGGAUCUCAGUCACGAGAUAUACUAGAUAUUGAAGAAAGUCAACGAGUUCCGUUAGGUGAAAAUGAACAUCAAGCCUAUCAAUAUCCUGCCUCGACUGCUACAAAACGUUCAUCAACUGUGUCUGCUACUGUUAGCAAGAAUCUAAGUAGUGAUGCUGAUAUCGCCUCAUUAGAUCGUUAUAGACCUUUACUUGUACCAAAAGAUUCUAGUGUGAAAAACACUUUGGAUCAUUCUCAUUUUCGAAGUAUGGAGUUUCAUAAACACAAAUUGGAUUUAUCAGAUGCACAAGCUUUUAAGCGUCAAAAAUGGAAUACUCUUCGAAAGAAAAAAGCAGGGCAUAUGUCUCGAGGUAUCACAUUACGUAAUACAAAUUCGUCAUCUACUGAUCAAUGUGUGAAUGAAUAUAACACACAACCACUUGGUUCCCAGUCUAUACCAACUGACAGAAAGUUCAUGAAAACAUGUUUACGUUCAUCUUCAUCUGUUACAGAAGAUUUUCUUCCCAGUCAAACUCAUGGUGAUAAUCAAACAAAAAAUACUACUACUAAAGGAUCUAAUGGUGUCAUAUUACGUAGAUACAGUAACUUACCUGGUGUUUCUUCAAAUCGUUUCACAAAAAUGGAUUCUGUUUAUUUCGAUGCAGAAGACGACACUGUUCCCAAUGGUAAUAAUAUAUCAAAAACUGCCAGCAAUCUGGUGGACAAUAAUGAUAUGAAAUUAGAUGCUGAUAUUCAACAGUUUAAUGGUCGGUUUUUCGAUGAAUAUAGUGAUGAUUGGUGUGAUCCAUAUAGAAGUUUGGAUGUUGAUGAAGACUUCUACCAUGAUGCUGAUGAACAAAACACCAUAGAUAGUGACAGUGCAGAAUUUCCUUGCACAACAAAUGCAAUUCCAACUAUGGGGAAUGACAAUGAUAAUUUCAAAUCGAACAUUAGACCACCAACACCUCCUCCACGUAAAUUACAUAAUCUUCAUGACGAAAAUAAAGCAGAGUUUCGUCCUACUUUGGAAAAAUUGCGGGAUAAACAAACAAGUUCUAAUGAAGUUACAAAUACUUCUCAAGAAGAGCCAAAACUUCAAUUGGAAUUAGAUCUUCAAAUUCAUGUUGAUUCUGGUUGUUGUGUACUUCAUCCUCGUCUUCCUUCACGCUUUAUGCCUGAUGAUAAUGGUCCUAAACACAGUGCAGCUUCAAUACUUUCACCAGGUAUUGGAAUGAAUCCAUUCGGUGUGUCAGAUAAUGUGAAACUGUUAUCUUCAGAUAUUCGUUAUCCAACACUUGGAGUAUGUGCACCAACAACUCAAUUGGAAUCUGGUUACAGAUUCUCUUAUAGUGAUUUGCUGCCUGGAUAUUUAGAACGUUACAGGCGUCAGUUAUUACAAGAUUUACAGAUUGUAUCAAAUGAUAUUAGUAUAUUUUACCUACCAGCUGUAGAUAUUAGUCUUCACUACAAUUCUAUGACUGAAUUGGACUUUUUACCAGGAAGUUCUGUUCCAAAUACUGUUAACUUGCUUAAUGAUCCCCCUAUUAAUACACAGAUAUUAUCUCCAAAUAUUGUAAGAUCUAGAUCAUCUAGUCAACCACGCAAUAGUCAAAGUUCAGGGAGCAAAGAUGAGUCUCUUCCACGAAUAAAUACAUCAGCUCCUCGAAGCAUAAGAAAACAAGCUGAUUUGUAUGUUUCUUGUUUUCUGCAAAAACUGCCAAAAGAACUUGUUGUUCAACCAUCAUUACUUGAUUUUCUAGAACAAGCUAUUGACAAUUUACCAUUGGUAGCAGAUUGGAAUUCAGAAGUUGAUUCUGCUUCAUCGGAUUCUGGUAAUGAAGUAUUCUUUGAAAAGUUUCCUGUGCAUGCUAUUGUUCAUCUACACGUUCAACCAUCCACUAUACGAUUUCUCUGCCUGCCAACUUCACGAAUGCAGUGUUUAAUGGUUUUACCAUUUUUGGAUGCAGUUUUCUCAACUAAACGAGAAGAUCCUGAUUCAGUUAUGAACAGAACUGAUAAUGGUGUAACGCGGAAAUUAACAGAUUUUACAUCAUCUCAAGUUGAUAAUCUAAUGGAUACUACAGGUAUAACACUGAAGUCUAAACCAGUAGUUGGUGAUAUCGUUUCAGCUGGUGGACUUUCUGUUACUGCUAUAUUAAAAGAAUUCCGUGUGUCGAUAUUUCAUCCCUAUGGUGAAUCAUCUUCUAUGAAAUCUGAAACAAGUUCAUGGGGGAAUGCUAGACCUUGUGAUUCACUUACUAUACUUGUUAAAGAUAUACAAUGUCAUCUUUCGCGUACAAUAGAAGCUAAAAUUGUACAAAUGAAUGCAAAUAAUUCUCUCAAUGAAUGCUGUUUAGCGACUGAGACAGAACCAAACAACAAAAAGUCAUCCGUUUCAGCAAGUCAUGGUUCUAAUUUGUUCAGUUCACCUAGUGAAACAAUAAACUCUACACAAUCCGGUGAUAACUAUGGCCUACAUCGAAAUCUGUGUAUUUCAGGUAUCUUUGAUAUUGGUGUGGCAGAAUUCACCUGCGAUACUCGUCGAACACUAGAAAUCUUAGAUAUCUAUAAUUCAUGGUAUCGUAGCAGUUUAGCUCGUCGUUUAUUCUUGGGUAAUGAUGAACUAAUUGAUGCAGCUGAUAAUACAACUCAACCCUUUGAUCAAGGUGAUAUAGGUGAUGGAGUUUCACAACAGCAACCAGAAUCAAAACAACAGACCGUAGAAACUCCUAAAUCCUCUGUCACUUACGAAUCCGCCUAUCCAUCACAAAGUGAAAUGCUUAAUUUAAACAUAGAAUCUCAACAUCUCUCAUCCAGAACCAAAAACCACUCAGCAUCCAAAACGAUAACCUUAAAAGAAACGCAUAGUCGUUCAAAUCAUACAAGACUGAAUCAAUCACGUGCUACAACAAUAGGUCCUUGUCUAUCAUCAAAUGAUAAAAAUGAUCAAGAUACUCUUGUGCCUACAAAUAGUACCUCACCAGAUCCAACUUCAAAGUUAACUACACUUGUUGGUGGAACAACUAGUGGUAGUCGUAAUACAAGUCUACGAGUAGCUUCAUGGAAUGCAUUAACUAUUUUUUGUGUACAAUUGAAAAAAUUCGAUUUGAAUUUAUACAUGGGCAGUGCUAUGGGCUUAACACGAUUUAUUGUGGAUCAGUUAUUUUGUGAAGGUCAUAUAUCAGUAAACUCAUCGGGUUGUAAACAUACUUUAUUAACUACAGGCUUAACCAGUAGUCAGUUUAUUAGUGAAGGUGGUGGGGUUGGUGGUGAAUUCGGUUUAGUCGAUGUAGAAGCUCGACUUCGAAUAGACGAUGAUCCUUCACGUGAUCCACAGCAUUGUUUAGCAGCUCAAGUUGGUGGCUUUCAAAUACGUAUUGAAUACAUGAAUACAAAUAUUCUAUUAUUUAGAGUGAAUGCUUUAGAUUUGAUACUCUAUGAUGAAUGGCGUCUGAAAGAUGUCGCUCAACAAUUGUUUGAUUCAAGUAAAAAUCAGGCAAAAUCAGUCUCAAUAAAACGAGCUCAAUACUCAUCUUCAGCGAUGAACAGUGAAUCAAAUCGUGUUAUUGGUUCACCUCCAGUAUUUAUUCGAAUCGCUGGUGAAAUAAAUUGGGAUCAAGCUCAGGCUGCUAUUGUACGUAGUACUACUCCAGACCUCUUACGAUCUAUUCAUAAAGUUCGUGACUACUUCCAAGAACAAGUUCGUGAAGGUCGUUUAUCAUUAAUCGGACAAGUUGGCCGCUUCGGCAUGUUCCCAAUGACUAACAGACAACGUCGAUCUUCAAGUCAAAGUGGAGUUUUUGGUCCAACAACUCCAAGUAAAACGAAAUCGGAUGUAAAACCUGAUAGUUUAAGUGACCAAGAGAUUGAUCGUCUUCUUCAACGUCAUUGGCAAAAAAUUAUGUAUCAAGCGCUGAAGCUGUUUUUACGAGAACGGUCAGGUGUUUCAAAUUCCAAAGGAAAAUCAUUAUCUGUUGAACAAGAAUCUAACUCACGCAACAAUCCUGUGCUUAGUGGUUCUUUCCAGUUAUCAGGCAAUUCACUUGGAAUAGCAUGUUUUGCAGGAAGCUUCCGAUCAGCGCCUGAUUGGGCUGUAUUUAACAUUCAGCAUCCUACAGCCUGCUUUGAAACUGAAGCUCAACGAGAACUUCCAGUGUCUAAUGAAAAAACAAGUUUAGAUUCAAGUGAACAAGAUGGCUGGAUAAAUGUACGACAAGUUUUAAGUUUUGAACUUGGUUCACCUCCAGAGUUUCAACCUCAAAUGGCUUAUGUACUUCGUGUUAGAAGAGGGAAACCUCAGAAUUUACGAGAUUUACCUAUUGCAACUAUUGAAGAAUGGUUAGAAUUUAGUUUUCGUGGUGCAGAUAAUACAGUUGUCAACUUUGUUCGUCAUAGCAAUCCAUCAGGUGUUGGUUCAGUAAUUCAGCUGACACAAUUCCCUGUACGCUUCUCACAAAUCAACAGCCAAGAAAAUUCUCAUCCUGCACUUAAUGUGCUUAGUUCUUCAAAACCUGGACAAUCAAUAAUAAGUCCAACACGUGAUAAACUCACUCCAGUUAGUGAAGAUGAUAGUAAUGCUACAAGUUCUGCUAAUGCUAAUCUCCCUGUCACCAAUACUGGUAAUAACGAAUCAGUCGCAGUUAGUAAAGAUAUAUCAAAAGAGGAACGGCCUAGUAUAUCUGUUCGUUCUAAUCCUCUCAAACCACCAACUGAAGGUGAAUUGUUGUUUAUUUUACCUUCACUUGCUCUGCGUAUUACUACGGAUCAACGUCAAACUAUGUCUCGGCCAACUUUGUCCAGUCUUCCAUCUACUGUGUCAGCAUCCUCCGCUAGUGGUGAACCUACAUCUAAUAAUAAUGUAACAUCUAGAGAUGUGAGCCAGACAAAGUUGCCAGAACAACAUUCAAGAGGACUUUCUUUACUUUCUCGAUCUAAACCAUCGUCUAAAAAAGACAGUUCCGCAGAUUUGGAUAUCAAUCCUGGUAGUUCUGUGCCAUCAGUAAAAGUUAGUUUUCAAACUGACUUCCAUGGUUUUAUUCAGUUGGGAUUGAUUGAUGUGCCUUGGUUGCCGAGCUUGAUAAGUUCGUAUUUGGAUGAAAGAUUGAAUGACUAUGAACUUUCAAGUGCAGCAAAUUGGAAUACAAAUGAUACUAGUCAAAGUCAUGUAAUGAAUACUACACUUACAAGAGAUAUUAUGUCAGAAGAAAUUAUUGAUCGACUUCGUGCUCUCUCAACAACUAGUUCACCUAUGGUACAAGAUGCUCGUGUUUAUGAUAUUAUUCACUGGUCGCUAAGUCCUGAAUGUCGUUGGCUUUUAGCUACAAAUAUUGGAGUACCAGCAUUUGAUCGUCUUCUAGAAAGUAUUGGUUUCCGUAAAGCACGUGUUACUAUACCGAAAUGGCUUCAAAGAGGUGUGAUGGAUCAUUUAGAUAAUAUUGCAUCAAUACUUUUAAAAGGUAGUUUAGAGUUAAGCAUGGAUGAUAUAAGCGAAGAAUCUAGAGAUUCUGAUCAAACAAUUGAAAAAACAGAAUGAAUAAUACCUCAAUUUUUUUUUAAAAAAUAAAAUUAAUUUAAAGCAAUUACUCUCAAUGAUGUGCAAUGCUACACGAGUAGAAGAUUUUCU